AAUGUCAAAAAUCAUGAACGACAUCAUUCAAAGCCUCUUCCCAGGCAAUUGUUUCGAAGAACUCCUCAUCAACUUUAAUUUUUUCCAUCCAACAUGCCCUAAAGCAGUUCUUAGCCGGGGACUUGGAUUUGCUAUCACUCUCGGAUCUAUUCUCCUUUUCGUUCCUCAAAUUUUGAAAAUUCAAGCUGCUCGCAGUGCACAGGGAAUCUCUGCCGCUUCCCAACUUCUUGCUCUAGUCGGUGCCAUCGGAACUGCUUCCUACAGUUAUCGGUCAGGAUUCGUGUUCAGUGGAUGGGGAGAUUCAUUCUUCGUAGCUGUUCAACUUGUUAUCAUUAUUCUUCAAAUCUUCCUGUUCUCAGGACAAACGAUGUUGUCCGUUGGAUUUUUGGGAAUUGUUUCCGCCGUGGCAUAUGGAGUUGUUAGCAAAAGUAUUCCAAUGCAGACUCUCACCGCAGUGCAAACCGCCGGAAUUCCUAUUGUUGUUGUGUCAAAACUUCUUCAAAUCUCUCAAAACUAUCGAGCUCAAUCCACCGGUCAGCUUUCCCUGAUCUCCGUUUUCCUUCAAUUCGCCGGAACCUUAGCACGAGUUUUCACUUCAGUUCAAGAUACUGGAGAUAUGCUUCUGAUUGUCUCUUACUCAACAGCCGCUGUUCUCAAUGGGCUCAUCUUUGCACAAUUCUUCAUGUAUUGGUCCCAUUCAGAAUCGGCUGCGAAAAAGAAGAGAAACUAAUCCGGAAAUACGAGUGGAGUUGUUACAAACUGUCUAAAUUAUAUACUUCGUUGUGAUGCCAAUUAUAAAUAGUCUUGAUCU